CACUUUUGUUGAUUAUGUGCUUCGUAUGGUGCGUAUCGAAUCGCUAGCUGUGUACAUGGGCUCCCCAACGUGACUGAGGGGGUGGGGAGACCGCGGGCGCUGGGAAUCGGGGUGUGUCCCCGGCCCGGGGCUCCUCAUCUUAAAUCACUCAUUGCCUCUCUCUUGGUGGAGAGGCCGAUCGAGCGCCUUUUCGCUGCUCCGGCGUCCAUUUGCCUCGCUUCCGCAUCUUCGAAUCGCCAUGUCGGGCACAAGUUCCCUCGCAGCCGCGACGACGCCGGCGGUCUCAACAUCUGCGUCAGCAACCCUGGCAAGUGCCGUGUCAACAACUUUGGCAAACGCAGUCUCAACACCUCCAACAGCAGCUGUGUUGCCCAAUUCCUCACAAGAUCCCCAGCCAGCUCCCGGGACUAACGCCGGGGCUAUUGCCGGAGCAGCAGUCGGUUGCCUCAUGGUUGGUCUGCUCCUCGGCUUUGCCAUCGCCUUCUUUUGGUUCCGACGCAAGGCACAGCUGCACCGUGACAGCGAACGCCCCAUCGAGGAGCGAAAGGCCUCCUCUGCCGUGGCGCGGGCCCCCGCCGAAGGCACACUCCAGCUGGGCAAGUUCCUCCUCGAGUCGAACCCAAACACUGAGAUCGCCUCAGAGCUUCGCUCUCUCGACACUCUUAUCCAGCAACAUGUCGAGAACAACUAUCACCUCGGCCCGGUGCAGACGGAUCCCCGAGCUCUCGCUGUGUCGCUGAUGCAAUUGGGCAUUGGCAAUGGCGGAGGCCUGGCGGCCGAAACCAUCGCGCAGCUGGCCUUGGAGCCGACCUCCCGCCACGUCGCACUCAGGCAUGUCAUCUCCCAAGCUUUAUUUACAAGCAUCGAUGUGAGCGCGCGCAGCGAACUUUCCAUGCUCCCGGCCCCGCUCGCCGCAUUCCUCCGGUCGAUUCCGCAGUGGGAAUCAGGGGAGCGAAAUACCAAAGUAUCGUCGCUCGCUCUGAACCAGUGGCGCACCCUCUCAGCCUUCUUGCUGCACCCGGCCCGCAGCCAACGCACGCCACUGCCGAUCUCGAAAGCGGCAGUGGCCCCACAGGCGGCGGCACUUGCCCAUGCGCUGCAUACUUUCCUCGGAUACUUUGUACGCGGCAACAAGGAGAGCAAUUCCCAACAGCAGGGCCACCUUGAAGCGGUCAUCGUCGAGACUACAAAGUUCGGAUACGUGCUGCUCUCGCAGCCCAGCGAAUGGCGGUUUGUGCAUGCUCCGAGUCCGAACCAGCAGAGCCAGCAGACUGGUGCUCUUUUCGCCGUAGUCUGCCCGGGCUUAGUCAAGGUCGCCGGCAAGGACGGGACACCUUACCCAAUGCCGCAAGAGGUCGUUGCGCCGUCGACGGUGCCGAUCUAGGGUGGGGGGCCGAGAAGAGCGUUGGUUGCAGUAUUUUCUACGCAGUACUACUAAGUAAUUAUUUCC